GGGGUCCGAAUUGCGUACUUGCUUUGACCAUAUUCUUCUGUUUGAAUUGAUACAGACAGUUUUCUGAGGAUGGCCUUGACCUCCGCUGCUCAUUCUCAUCUUUCUGAAUUUGAGAUUUGGUGGAGGGACCACUAUGACUUCCUCAAAGACAAGGGCUACAAGCUACGAAGCCGCUACAGUCCAGACUGGGUGCCCUCUUGGACGAACACCAAGAAGGUUGGCAUAGAAUGUGAGGAUGGAAUCAAGCCACGACACCGUUCUUUGCUAGAUGCACGGCGCACUCAAGACGGCGCUCGCGUAUCACUCAAGCGUAUAGACGUAUCGCGACACCCUUAUGAAAUAGAAAUUGGUCGCCAUUUCUGUAACGCUCCUCUUAGCGAAGAUCCAGCCAACCAUUGCGUGCCAAUAUACGAUGUUUUGGAGGUGCCCGAUGGCAAUAAUCUUGCGAUAAUUGUCAUGCCGUUACUUCGAAAAGUUACGGAUCCCUGUUUUGACACGGUCGGGGAAGUGGUAGACUGCAUUCACCAGCUCUUGGAGGGGCUGCGCUUCAUGCACAGACAUCACGUCGCUCACCGGGACUGCAUGCAGCUGAACAUACUGAUGGACGGCAGGAUGUUCAUAGACGCAUGGCAUCCAAGCGACCAAUAUAUGUCCGAGGACUUCAAACGUCCGGCUAGGCAUCGCACACGCACACAGUCUCCGCCACGAUAUUACUACAUCGACUUUGGCAUUUCCCGCAAAUAUGAUGCAUCCAAUACCAAUCCACUAGAAAUCCCCAUAUAUGGUGGAGAUAAAGGAGUGCCAGAGUUCGCGGAAGCCUACACCAAACCUUGGAACCCUUUCCCAACUGAUGUUUGGUAUCUUGGGCACGCUAUCCAAGAAACAUUUCUCGACUGCUACUUAGGUGUGGAUUUUUUGCGCGGUUUGGUAACGGAUAUGAUGCACUCGGAUCCAACGCAACGUCCGAACAUGGACGAUGUUUUUUCUCGGUUCCAGGUUCUGCGUCAGGGUCUCAGUAAUUGGAAAUUACGUUCGCGGGUGGCUCAUGAUGACGAGAGGUCUCUUUUUGAUUUGCUGGCCCACUGGGCCCGUCGCAUCCAAUACAUAGUACGUAGGAUUCCCCCAACGCAUACCUCGCCGUCAUAGAGCGGACUUCUUUGUAACUAAUCUCCUACCAUGCACUGUGGAAUGCAGCGACAGGACAGCCGUUGGGUGAGCCCUUGGAGGGGCACACUCACGCGGUCCAAUCAGUCGCGUCUGGUUCAUAGGAUAACACUGUGUGGGUGUGGAAUGCAGCGACGGGACAGCUAUUGGGUGAGCCCUUGAAGUGGCACAGUAGCUCAGUUUUGUCAGUCUUGUUCUCGCCAGAUGGUGCUCGCAUCGCGUCUGGUUCAUGGGAUAACACUGUG